AGCUGGGAGGCGAGCACUAGCUAAUGAGGCUUUGUGCAAAGCGGUAGCUCUUGUCGCUGAACAAUAAAGCAUAUGGUACCAGCAAUAAAACGCCAGACUGGGAAAUUUAAGAAGAUUCCGCUGGAACCAGGAGAGCAGGUAACACGUCACGCCCUUGCAACAUGACAGCUCAUUGGGGUGCAUAAUUAUUAGCCAAAAAGUGCAUGGAUUGGAAACGCAACCAUUUGAACAGGUACAUGUGACAGUAGUGCAGCUAUGAGUGGAAUAUUAAAGAGGAAGUUUGAAGAAGUUGAUGGCUCCUCACCCUGUUCUUCUGUGCGGGAAUCAGAUGAUGACAUCUCUAGCAGCGAAAGUGCUGAGAGUGGGGAUAGUGUCAACCCUUCCACUUCAAAUCAUUUUACCCCAUCCUCGAUUCUGAAGAGUGAGAAAAGGAAGAGGACAAAAAAUGUUCAUUUUAAUUGUGUUACGGUAUACUACUUCACCAGGAGGCAAGGCUUCACGAGCGUUCCCAGCCAAGGAGGCAGCACUUUGGGCAUGUCCACUCGUCACAACAGUGUACGCCAAUACACCCUUGGGGAGUUUGCCAUGGAGCAAGAACGGCUUCAUCGAGAGAUGUUAAGAGAACAUCUCAGGGAGGAAAAGCUGAACUCCUUAAAACUCAAGAUGACUAAUAAUGGCACGGUGGAAUCCGAGGAAGCGAACACUUUAACACUGGAGGACAUUUCUGAUGAUGAUAUAGAUCUGGACAACACCGAAGUAGAUGAAUACUUCUUUCUACAACCUCUGCCGACAAAGAAACGAAGGGCGCUCCUGCGAGCCUCUGGAGUCAAGAAGAUUGAUGUGGAAGAAAAACAUGAGCUGCGAGCCAUCCGUCUUUCAAGAGAGGACUGUGGUUGCGAUUGUCGAAUCUUCUGUGACCCGGAAACUUGCACUUGCUGCCUUGCGGGCAUAAAAUGCCAGGUGGACCGUAUGUCUUUCCCGUGUGGUUGCACUAAAGAAGGAUGCAGUAAUACAGCCGGCAGAAUUGAAUUUAAUCCCAUCAGGGUUCGGACUCACUUUUUGCACACUAUAAUGAAACUUGAAUUGGAGAAAAACAGAGAGCAGCAGGUUCCUGCGCUGAACGGCUGCCACGCCGAGCUCAAUGCUCACAGCAGUGCAAUGGGUCCCACCUCCCACCCCCUGGAAUUUUCAGUCCCGGAGAACUUUGAAUUAGAGACUGAACCCCGGGCUGCGGUGAUGCAUUUGCAGUCGGCAGAUGACUUGGAUUGCGCUGGGGAGGAAGAAGAGGAAGAGGAGGAGGAGGAAGAGGAGGAAGAUGCAAGUAGCUUUUGUAGUGGAGUUACAGAUUCCAGCACACAGAGUUUAGCGCCCAGCGAAACAGAUGAAGAAGAUGAGGAAGAGGACGAUGAGGAGGACGACGAGGAGGAGGAGGAAGAGGAGGAGGAGGAGGAAGAAGAAAAACUAGAUGAAUGUCUGGAAGGCUUGGGUGUUCAUGCUGAUGCAGGUCAAGCCCUCCCUUCUGUCCUCUGCUAUUCAGACAGCACUGCCAUGCAUGAAAACCAGCCAAAGGCACUUUCCUACUACCCGAGCUCCACAUCCUUGUAUUACCAAAUAGAGAAUCACGGCCCUGGCACUCCUAACCAGAUUCGGGAGACUUACUCUGAAAGAGAGACUGUUAAGAACGGGAAUCUUUCUCUGGUGCCUUAUAACCCAACUUCGGAACAGUUUGUGGACUACACGCGGCCCUCAGAGGAAAAUUACGGCAGCUCCCUGUAUCCCUCUUCAAACCCGUCUGUCAUCGUUUGCUGCUCUUCGUCCGAAAGCGAUAACGUUGUUCCAUGUAGCAGUUUAUACGCUGAACAUCGGCCAAGGCAUUCCCAAGUGGAUUUUCCUUCAUACUUGAAAAGUCCUUCACAAGAUGGAUUUGUAUCUACUUUGAAUGGUGGCGCUCACCUCCCAGAGCGUCCCACCGAGAAUUCACUCGGCCUUUCAGAAAAGAGCAGACUACACGAAGAGUGUAUCAAAUCUCCCGUCAUGGAAACAGUACCUGUUUAAAUUUAUUUUAGGACCGAAUCGCUCUAGAUUUCAAAUGCAUUCUAUUUUAAUUGGAUUUCCCUGGAAGCGUUCUUAUUUUCUUUUUCCUCUCAGCAGUGGAGGUAAGGGGGAAGACCGUGGUUAAUGUUUUGAUUUUCUUUUUCACUGUUGUUUAUCAGUAAAGCUCUCUUGGUUGUGGCCAUUGCACAAAAACAGUUUGUGUAAAAAAGUAAACUUUUAUAAAAAAUAGAAUGGUCCUUUGAUAGAAAAUACCCAGAUUUUAAAAUAAUCCACACAGAUGUGGAUGUGGAUAUAUAUAUAUAUAUAUCCACAUCCACAUGCAUAUAGUAUGAAAACGGCCCACGUGUUGAUUUAUGCUGGGCUCUCUAAUUUACAACUUUUUAUUUUAUUGUCGGGCUUGUGCAAGAUAAUAAAAACGUUACUUUGGGUUCUUUAUAUUUAGGGUAUUAAAAUAUCGCUCCUAUUUGAGGGUGAUGACUUUUUAAAUAUAAAUGUGACUGCAAACAAAAAAAAAAAACCUGAAUUAUUCAGUAAUGUAUUUGUUUAUUUAUUGUAGCUUAGUACUCAUAACUUGAUAAAAAUGAACCGCUUGCUCUUUGGAGCAGAACAGCACAAUGAGAUUUCAUUAGGCAAAUUGCCUUUGUGAGGGUAGUACAUUUGAUCACGAACCCUGUUCUCUGAUCUGCACUAGGGACUAAUUCAUAUUUGUAAUGUAGGAAUGUAGGAGGACAUACCACUUAGUCAUUUUGGUGACGCUGGUGUGGAGUUUGUGUUGCAAUUGCUGCCCUGUCCCCAUCUCAAGGACAGGACAAUAUAUAUGAUUUUUCUAAAUUGCAGCUACUGGCAGCUACAUUUCUAAAAAUGUGUAACGUAGGACAAUCCUUAGCUUUUCAAGGGUCGAGAGAAGCAGUGUUAGCAUUAUAAGGAAAUUGGGUUGUGUUUUUUAUUCAAUUGUCUCUCUCCAUUGUUUUCAUAAAGAUGAAUGCAGAAUAUUAAAUAGGGACAAUAUCCAACCAGACUUCUUCAGAUCUUGCUGUCACACACACACACACCCCACACACAAAAUCACUGGCCAUUUUUCCAUGAAUCAGCAUACUUUUCCUUAAUGGCAACCUUCACAUUUGUGAAGAAUUUUGCUUGUCAGAAAAUGGUGGCGCUACCACAGGCUGGCUUGGGCCCUCUAUUAAAUAAUUCAAUUCAAAUCUUUAUUGUCAGUGCACAACAUAUGUACAAUGAGAUUGGUUGAGGUCCAACCAAAUAAGAGCUCCAAAAUAAGAGCAUUGCUACAGUCUUUCAUGGUUAUUUCUUCAUGUAAAGUCGGAAUGCUAUAUUUUUAUUUAUUAAAAUUAUCAUCCCGAUGUAUAAAGUGCUCAGAGUGAUCUUCACAAUAGUUUAAGAAAUAAUCCAGAGUGAAUGACUGAACCAAGGUUAUCUCUAUCUUGGAGCUCUGUGACCAAUAUGGGAUUCAAUAUAGGUUUUCCGUGGGGUUGUCUUCUCAUCUCCUUCAGGCUCUAGAGCUCAGAGGCAUUCUGUCUCUCCGCUAGCCCUGUAAGCGUUUCCUCUCCCCUGCAUACAAUAAUAGUGUGUGAAGAGUCACAUGGGAACAUGGAAGCACAGCCCUAAUGGAAACGAUCCAGAGAUAUCAGAAGGGAAUUCCUUCAGUGGAAUGUCACAUUCCACUGCUUUUGGUGGCACUUCCUUGCAAUUAAGUUUUAAUGGGCUGUGUGCUUUGUGUUCACAGCUUUUGUGUAAGUAUCUUUUUGUUCUUAAAUGAAUAUACUUUGGUGUAGCAGCUAUGAGUAAAUCUUAAAGACACCACAGACUGUUGGUUCUCAAAUGUUGCAUCUAUUUCUUUUUUUUUAAAUAAUCCAUGGAUAAACCAUGCAAGAAUUUUCAGAACUUUACUCUGAAUUUCUUUAGCCAAAUGAAGUAAUUAGGAAAAGAAUGGCAUUGUGCUGUUUGUGGAGAAAUUCCAUGAGCUCUGAAAAAAAAAAGAGAGGUUACUCAGAAUCUGUAGGGAUGGAGUUUCUCAUUUGAGUGUGAUAUGCCUCACAAUAAUCUCUAAAUAGGAAAGGAUUUAAGGUUGAGUGGAAUCAGUAGACAUAUUUCAGCCAUUGUUCUCUCUUAUUUUAGCAAAAGCAUUGAGGUUUGAAGUGUGUAUUCUUCCAGAGCUUUUCUAUCACUAGGGUAUGCAAUUCACAAGUGUUUCUUCAUUGUAGUAAAUGAGGGAACAUUGUAGGCAUGGCAACUGUGGAGCUAUUAGAGCUCAAGUGUUCCCGCCACCCUACCCCAUUAGGCUUUACAGAUUAACAGAGUUGGAAGGGACCUUGUAGGUCAUCUAGUCCAACCCCCUGCCCAAGCAGGAGACCUUACACAAUUUCUGACAGAUGGCAGUCCUGUCUCUUCUUGAAAGCUUCCUGUGAUGAAGCUCCCACAACGUCUGAAGGCAAGCUGUUCCAUUGGUUGAUUGCUCUAACUCUUAGAAAAAUUUUCCUUAUUUCCAGGUUGAACCUCUCCUUGUUCAGUUUCCAUCCAUUAUUCCUUGUCUGACCUUCAGGUGCUUUGAAAAACAGCUUGACCCCCUCCUCUCUGUGGCAGCUCCUCAAAUAUUGGAACACUGCUAUCAUGUCUCCCCUGGUGCUUCUCUUCACUAGACUAGCCAUGCCCAGUUUCUGCAACUGUUCUUCAUAUGUUUUAGCUUCCAGUCAUCCUUGUUGCUCUUCUCUGCACUCUUUCUAGAGUCUCAACAUCUUUUUUAUAGUGUGGUGACCAAAACGAUGCAGUAUUCUAGGUGUGGUCUUACUAAAGCUUUAUAGAGUGGCAUUUGUACCUCACUUGAUCUUGAUUGUAUCCCUCUGUUAAUGCAGUUUAGGAUUGCAUUGGCUUUUUUGGCUGCCGCUGCACACUGUUGGCUCAUAUUUAACUGGUUGUCCACUAAACCUCCAAGAUUCCUCUCACAGUUACUGCUAUUAAGCCUGGUUUCACCCAGUCUAUAUGUGUACUGCUGGUUUUUCUUGCCUAAGUGUAAGGCUUUACUUUUCUCUACAUUGAAUUUCAUUUUGUUAGAUAUUCUCUGAAUUGGUUGCCCUAAAUAGAUCCAAAUAAUAAAUAUCCACUUGUGAUUCUUUUCUAGAUUUCAAGAACAAUAUUUAUGAAUGUAACCUGGAUCACAAAAGUCUACCUUCAAGUUAUUCAAAACUGAAAAAACUAGUUCCUCUUGUACAUGUCCAUUCUUUAAAGUUGGCAAAGUAUGAAGUUUUAACUCUAGAUUUGUCUUCUGAAAAUGGGGGUUUCAAGUACAGCAUUCCAUCUCCUCUUUGGAUAAUUUUGUUCAAAAAAACAAAACAAAACUGUGAAGGAAGUGCCUUUGCAUGCUUAGCUCAAGAAGAUCCCAACCAUAUCAAAAUAUAUUUUUAUCUCACUGCAGUCUUCAGUCAGACUUUACCAUUGAUCUCAGCAGAAGCAUCCACAGCUUUAUUUCUAGAAGUUUCUCACUUCUAGGGAUGUUCCUGGUAGCAGCAGCCACCAAUGCCAAGCGUGCCAGUUGAUUUUUUAUUUUCCUUGUAGCAAACAUGCUACAUCCAAAUUACUUCGAUGGGGAGGGGGGGGAAGUUAAUCCUUGGUGGGUCUUAACUCUUCUAUUUCCUCACUUACUACAAAAAUUAGGCUUUAUUCCAUAUUCCUGGCAUGUGCUUACUGCAGGUGAUCUUUGGGCUUGAAUGUUGAUUCCUACCUUCUGUAUUUUACUUUCUUGAUCGAAUCUUUUCUCAUUAUUUUUAAACAUACCAGCCACCUGGUCAGCACCGGCUGCAUAGCAACAAACAGAUGACACUUGGAUGUCCAAAAGGACUAGUUUUGCUGACUUUUGAUCCAUAAAAUCCGUUCUUAUUUGAAUCUUACUUUUGUAUUCUUCCUCUUUGGCCAUAUAGAACGAGGAAGGUGGAAUAAAUUACUAGUUUGGCACAUUGUGCUUUAAUUUUUGGAGUGGCUCUCUAAGUUGCCUCGAUACUGACAAUAAUUCUGAAGAAUUUGUAUAAGAUACUUGAUGUUUGUCAGAGGCUAGUUGGAACACAUCACUGCUGCUGGAAACACUCUUUGUACUCAGCUAAUUUCACGUCAUUGUAAAUUACUUCAUGGAAUCAGGCUUGCAAGUCAGAAGGAUGACAACUGAAAACCCUGUCCUAAUGAGUUAAAUCUCACCUAGAUACCAUGAUGGGACCCAAACCAGAUGAUUAUGAUUCAAAAAUAAAGGGUACUAGAAUGUACUAUUUUCUAAUCAAUUCUCCAAUUCAGACCUACCACCACCAAAAGCUGGAAAUAUUCUAGCAAAAAUCAUGCCAUCGUCAUGCACUUAAUGCUGGAUCACUGCAAGACUGUUUGGGAGCCCUACAAGACUGUACUUCAGGCCUUCUCCUAUCCCACCAGUGAUAUAGCCUCAUGUUGUUGUGUUGUGUUUUCUUUUCUUUUGCAUCAGAUGGAUCUCCAGGGUAAGAUCCCUACAAAAUUGUGCCAGAAUCCUAUCAGAUAUGCUUUCACAUUGUACUGGGCAAGGCCAGUCAAAGUUUUGGACCCAAGUUUUAGUAGCGACUCUCUCCUCUUUAUGUUUAAGUCUGCAAAAUCUGUAACUCUUUGAUUUGCUGAUGGCCACUCAGUAGGUCAUGACCCACAUUUUGAGAAGCCUCACUGUAGUGGACAUUGGAAAAACAGUCUUGUUGCAGCAUCCAAUCUGGGCCGGUCAUCAGGAGCAAAGGUUUUGUCUUCUGAGCUUUCAGACUUUUGCUGGAGUCCAUCUUCAAGGAACUUCAGGGAUGGACUUUAGCACAAGUCCAAAAGUUCAGAAGAUUAAACCUCUGAUCCCGGUGACCGGCCCAGAUUGGAUCCUGCAACAUUAACCUGGGACACGUGUAUAUUCGCCUUCAUUCGAUACUAUCUUGUCUUGUUGAUUCAACAGGACAAGAGUCAAAGCUGAGUUCACAGCUCUCAUGCCCCAUAUCAUCUACCAAUUGUUUAUAUUUGUUUAAAUGAGAAAAUACAUAGUUUUGUAAGUCAUUAGGGGUACAAAAGAGUGACUUGGAUAAAUGAUCAGUUUGGAACAAACUUUGCUUACCCCCCAAGCAUAAGAUCUAUAAAACAUCAGAGGUUGGUUACAGUAGUUAUAAAUACUAUUUUUGUGGCAUUGUUUUUAGUACCUAGGCAUAUAAUACAAUGACUUUACUACCAUACUAAAUGAUCAAUAUUUUCUGAACUCUGAUCCAGUAGGACCCAGGACCCUUCCACAUCAGGCCCAUUUACAAAUGGGUGAAGUGUAAGUGUGAAAACUGGAGAUGGGGUGAAGUGUUAAGUGUGAAAACUGGAGAUGGAUUUGAUUUUCCUCCCAUUCAUCCAUCUGCCAGCAGGCCUCAAAAUGAAAAGGAACUGUAUACAAAUUGUUCUUUGUGGCUGAGACCGACUCAGUUCAUCUGGAAUCACACAAGCAACCUCUGCAUGUUUGGAAAGUCCCACUGUUUUUAGUACGGGGUAAAACACAUUUUGGCUGUAUUUCAUCACUGUGACUUUAUCCACUGUUAAUUUCCGAAGGAAACUUUAGAUGCUUAAUGUGAUGUAAAGAAUAUAAAUAAUGUGGCUAGAAACUACAACCUUAUUUGUAAUCUGAACAGUGCUACGGCAAAGUCUGAUGAUACAUAAACUUUGCUAGUGGUUUCUCGCAUGAUUACUGCCAACAUCCAUGUAUCAUGAAGCUAAACAACGUAGCUUCACAAAGUACAUGUCCGUUACCUGUAUGAAGAAUUAAACCCGAGGCAGGCAACCUGAUAUACACAAAUCCACUGUACCCCCAAAUACUUUCCUUGGUAACUUUGAGGCUACGGAACUGUCUUUUAUUUUCCUUACAAUGAAAUAAUUAAUAAAUACAUAGAUACCCGGAUUGUAUAGUGAAAAGUAAAGCACCGGGGCCUGACCUCUUUUUUUUUUUUUUUUUUUUACAAAAAUGUUUUUGUGUCCCAAUUGGAUGAUGUAAGAGUUUCUCUGGAAAACUUUGCUUUUUGAUAAAUAGGUUUCAUGUGUCUAGACAGGCCCACCCAUGGCAGCUACUUUUGUGAGUUGCUUGCCAUAUACUCUUAAACUUCCAGCCUAAAAAAAGUUCCCAUUUUUCAGAUUGGACUGCACUCUGUGGGAAAAAAUAAGUGAUCUACUCAGUCUAGAGAGUACUAGAUUGAGGAAGGUUGCCCUUGAGGUUAUAAUGUAAUAUAGAGCCAGUUUGGUCUAGUGGUUAAGGCCCCAGGCUAGAAAGUGGGAGACUAUGAGUUCCAAGUUCUGCCUUAGGCAUGAAAUCCAAAUAGGUGACCUUAACCUAGUCACUUUCUCUCAGCCCAAACCACCUCGAAGGGUUUUGUGAAAAUAAGAGGAAGAAGGUGCACUGCCUUGAGUUAUUUGUAAAAAUAAUAAAGGCGGAAUGUAGCAAUAGCACUUAGACUUAUAUGCCAUUCCAUAGUGCUUCACAGCGCACUCUUGAGUCAGCAUAUCGCCCCCAACAAUGUGUGUCUUCAUUUUACCGACCUCGAAAGGAUGGAAGGCUGAGUCAACCUUGAGCUGAUCAGGAUUGAACUCCUGGCACAGGGCAGAGUUGACCUGCAGUAUUUCAGUCUAACCACUAUGCCACCAGGGUUAAAAUAUAAAUAAAUAUCAAGCAGAAAGGUGCAAGGUGCCAAAUACAGAUGUGUCCGUAAGGGGCUUUUGACAAAAGCCUUUGUUCCUGCAGUCAUCUUUGAAUGCUUACAUUUUUCUAAGAUCUUUCUAAGCAGUCCCAAAGUUACAUUUCCAUCUGUGGAAAUAAGACAAAUGAAGAAGAAAGCAGCAAAAGAUUUUCAAUUUGUUGUCAAGUAAAUGGCUGGAGGUGCCCAUGUAUUUACUAAGAGUCAAGCAUGAUUUAAGAGAGCCUGUUUUUUGUUUUCUUUUUAUAUAUAGCACAAGGCUGGUAUCAGAUAAUAAUUGAAUAAAAUAAAAUAGAAUAAAAUAAAAUGUAUGGAAAAUUUUAAUUACAAUAGUGAAAGCAAAUAGAAACUAAACUCACAGAGUGAGAGAUAGAAUAAAAAGUACAAGGUAACUCAUCAAUUUUUCAUUUAGUGUCAGCAAAAAGUCUGUAAAGGGUUAGCAGAGCUUUAUAAAAAUGUCUCAUUUUAACCUUGCUCAAACAAGCCAACUUUAUAUUCCUUCCUUUUGCUUCUAACAAUCUUCAUUUUUAAUUCAUUCAGAUGUUGACAUAGAAUUUGAUUUCAUUCCAUUUUUCUCCAUCCAAAAGAUUUCUUGAAGACUUUAAUAAACAUUUUGUAAAUCCAAUAAAAAACCAUUAUCAAGAUUGUUCUCUUGCUUUCUUUCUGUAUUUCUACUUUAAUUUUCAAAGCUUUAAUAUGGUUCUUUCAUAUAUCCAGUAAAAGCUCCUUAUCUGGAUCAUUUUCUUGGCUCAUCUUUUGUGUUUCUGCUUUAGCUACCUUUCCUGUUUUAUAAUCUACAUUUCUACAAUUAUCUAACAUUUCUUGUUCUGAUAUUUCUACAUCAGGGAAAAUUUGUUCCCAUCCAUCAUUUCUUCAUUAAUAUCUUUUGGACAUAGUAUAGUCAUCGAAUCAGAUAUCAUUGCUGUUAUUAUAGUUGCUAAUUUCUGACCCCAUUGUUCAAAAGUCUCAUGGAGGGUUAACCAAUGUUUUAUGUCAUUUUGUAAUUCCCUUUGCUAACCAAAAACAAAAUGGAAGAUUGCCCUCCCCCCUCUUUUGCUUUUCUGCCUAGGAUCUGUAGUCCCCUCAGAUGUCCUAUUUUUGACAUCAUAAAAUCAUCUCAAAACUUCGUAUGACUUAGGAUAGCCAAAACAUUUUCUUCCUAUGAAAGUCUGUUUAUUUCUAAAACUUUUAGUAAAAGUUUUAAUAUUCUAAAUUCAUCUGGAUCCUUAACUCAUAACUUUCUUGGGUCAAAAUCCUGUUUAGCUUUUUGCCAUUUAUAUUUCUAGCUCUUCAAAUUCUUAAGCUUGUAGUUAAUUUUUUGUUUGUUUGUUCAGGAAUGAAGUUAAACUCACCAGGUGGCUUUUCAGGCUUGUUGUUCUGAAGCUCUAAUAGCCUUAAGGUAAUAAGGCAAUUUCCAAAAGUUUAGUGAACCCAGUAUCUUUUAAAAGGCUCUGCCAGUUGUGAGAAUGAUGGCUGUUCCCUUCCUUUCCUGGCACUCAAAUCCAUAGAAGACAACUGUCCUGUAGUCUCCUCAUGAGAAGCAGCCAUCCGGAGCACAUGUGGGUAAUCUCCAGGGGUGGGUUCUACUUACCUUUACUACCGGUUCGCAAUGGGAUUGCGCAGACGUGCGUGCUUUGCUCAUGCACAAAGCUUCUGCGCAUGCGCAGAUCGCCUAUGACAACAUCCGGGGUGGUGGGCGGAGCCUCCCACCGGUUUUACUACCGGUUCUUGCGAACCAAUCAGAACCGGGGGCAACCCACCACUGGUAAUCUCCCCUCCUCUCCUUAUCUGGAGAAGUUCUGUAGAACCAGUGUAUUCAUCAGUUUUUCAGUCUUUUCCAUGGUUGCCUCUGCUCUCAGGGAUGGCUAGUUCACCAUGCUUGUCCGUAAGUUUCCUUGAUAAGAAUAUAUCUUCAUGUUCCUCCUGGAGGUUAUUUUGGCACUAUAUAGUUUUUAAAAUUCUGUGUUAGCCUUGCCAGAAGAAUACAAUGUCAGCCUCAUUUCUUGUAAGCUACUAUGAUCAUUAUCUUCAACAACCUUUGUGCCUCAAAUGGGGACAUGCAGGUAGAUCAGCAACAAGAAACACAUCCAGUUGAAUCCUCUUCCUUCCAUGUUUCAUUUUCUGCAGUGAAAGCUAUUUACCUGGCUCUGAGCAGGCAAAGAAAACCAUAGGAUUGGAAAAGAAGGUUAGCGGAUUUAAUUUAAGAGGUUAAAACUGAACAUUCUAUUUGUUUGUUUUUUUGCAGUUCUUUCUGAAAAAAAAAAACAUUUUUCCUCCCUGCAAAUCCAGCAUUCUCCGCACGUAGGUUUAAUCAAGUGUUUUCAGCUUUUUCUCUAAAGGCAAGUUCCUAGGCAACACAAACUUCGCUUGUUCAAAGCCACAAGUCACAGUAACAUAGGAACUUCAAUUUAAAUCUUUUAUUAUUUCAGACUCCCUAUUUCCCAGGACUGCCACAUUAAUUUACCUGUGCAGAAUAAUUUCAGCUACAUCUUAAUUCAGCUGCUUAAAUCACACAUGCCUCUACAGCCACAUAUAUGCCAUGCAGCUUGCAAAAAUGCAAGUGAAGUGUUUUACAUUCUUUGCAAGAAUUUUUAUAAUAAUUGAUGGCUGUAUUUUUUUUUAAAUUAAAGUUUCGUUCAAGAGCCAGAGUUCACUAUUGUGAAGUCAACUUGCUCCUCUUCUACAAUUUGUUUUUUUUUUUUUUUUUUUUUUUUUGUUUUUUUGGCAUUGAUGGCUGUUAAAAAUGAAGGCAUUCUUAGGAGAAUGGGUGCUUCUAACUCACAUAUUUAACUAGGUACUUUGCAAGAAUGACAGUUGAUGCUGAAUCACUCUACAAGUAGUUCUCAACUUGCGACCACAAAUGAGCCCAACAUUUCUGUUGCUGAGACAAUUAAAUGAGCCUUACCCAGUGGUGGGUUGCUGCCGGUUGUAACAACUGGUUUGCCCAGCACUGAAAAUAUGAAUGUGUGUGGCCUUCUGUGCAUGUGCGCGGCUUCAAAAACACGGCGAUAUGAGACAGGAUAGCACCGGGGUGGGCGGGGUGGGCCCACCUGCAGGUUGCAACUACCGGUUUGCCCAAACCGGUCUGAACCAGCAGCAGCCUACCUCUGGCCUUACCCCAUUUUAUGACUUUUCUUGCCACAGUUAAGUGAAUUGCUGCAGUUGUUAAGUUAGUAACACAGUUGUUAAGUGACUCUGCUUUCCCCCUUGUCUUUGCUUAUCAAAGGUUGCAAUGAUCACAUGAUCCUGGGAUACGGCAACUAUCAUAAAUAUGAACCAACUGCCAAGCAUUCAAAUUCUGAUCAUGUGACAUGGAGAUGCUGCAAUCAUCUUAAAUAUGUAAAAACGGUCAUAAAUAACUUGUUUCAGUGCCAUUGUAACUUCAAACGAUCACUAAAUGAAUGGUGGUGAGUAAGGACUACCCGUAUAUACAUUAGCUAAGGAAAAUGUUCAUCUAAAUCAUAUUGGUAAUAAAAAUAACUUGAUCUAUUAUUGGCAACCUAUGAUAUGGAUUAUUUGCUUUAGGUCCUUUUUAAUUCAGAUGUAUGGCACAUAUAUAAAAUUCAUCUCUUUUGAAAUGCUUUCAGUACAAAGGAGGACAGUAGUAGGUCCAAUAAUACUGUGGCUCUAACAAAGGUAGUCCUCAUUUAGCGAGUGCCUUGUUUAGCAAUUGUUGGUGAUAAAAAAGAUAAUUUUGUGACCAGGCCUCACAUUUAAGGUCUGUAAAGCAAAGGAAAGCUGAAGUAAGAUCAUAAGUCAGUUGUGGUUCCAUUGAAUGACUGCUUUGUUUCAUAACCAAAUUGCGGGUCCCAAUUGUAGUUGCUAAAUGAGGACUACCUGUAGAACUUUGUUUUGUUUUGUUUUCAGGAAAGAGAAAGAAUUGAAGUUUUAAGACAGGGGUGCAACUUACUUGAAAAUUAAAAAUAAAGUUAGUAGUUUUCAGUUAAUAAAUUUCACAGCAGAUCAGAAUAAUUGUGGUAUUCCUAGGUCACCUUUUCAGAGCUUCACUUCACUUGCCAAAGGUUCUAACAGAGUUAUACAGUCCAAAAUUCCUCCCCCUCCCAAAGACAUUUAUAGCAUGACACUAGAACAUGAACAAACCCAAAACAUACAUACAAGCUAUAAUUGACGUUAUAGUGUAACUUCCACAGGCUGAUUUAAUUUGCAUUAUCAUUUGCAACUUCACUGAUACAAAAGGGUUAGUGUAGGUGGCAAAAACCCUAAACUAUACCUUAUGCUACAAACUUUAUUUUAUGCUGUAUUCCUUCUGUAUUUAUAUUUUCGGUAUUUAUGAUGAAUGAUCUGUAAUUUGAUGUAUUUAAUGUGGCUUAUUCUGCAAUGUAUAUAUUAAAAAUAAGCAUUUAUAAGUCUUAAAAUUAGGUUAUUUUUUUUUCUUAGUGGCAUUCGUACUAUGCUGUAUUUUUAUUAUAUAUUGUACAAUAUAUAUAUUUAUUGUCCAUUUGUUUGCAACAAAGUAAAUCAGGUUUCUACGUUA